AUGGCUCAGAUGGAGAUAGAUAGACGGCGGCGAGACGAGGACGAGCGAGCUAUGAGGGUGAGUGAAGAAGCAGAGGAGGAAGAAAAGGAGGUUUCGCAAUUUGAUACAGACGGCCGCUGCUUCUGCCACUCCUCGCCGCCUUCGAGCUUCUUCUUCAACGUCAACUUCAAUUUCACGACUUCGGCUUUACGACUUCACUUCAUCCAGAAACACAAACCAACAGCGAGCAAGGCAGCAAAGCAACGGCAGCAGCAGCAAAGAGAUUCCAAACUCCACCGUCACAAGUCGUCAGCCAGCUCAGCACCGCUCGUCCUCUCGUUUUGCUACUGGUGCCGCCUGGCUGCUGCGGAAGAGCGAGAAAGCCACGCGAGAGACGAGAACCAAGCAAAACAGCCACUAGCCGGGCCCCAGGGGAUACGAGGCUGCUCGUCUUCGUCUCGGACUUCAUACAUAAACGCUUCCGGGCCUCUUUUGAAACCUUCGCUUAUCCAGGAUAUCUCUGCUGGAAGAAACCGACCGAUUUACUCUUCCUCUUCAUCAUCUCAAUCGGAUAUUCACUCGUUUAUAUCUCUUGCCACCCAGAAGGGGAAAGACGGUGAUAAGAACGCUGGCAACAAACAACAAAACCUACCUGCGGGAAAAAAGAAGAAGAUACAAAGCAAACGAGUUACAAACGACGGAAUAUACAGGUUGCUUCUGCAAACACAACCGACGCCUGCCUUUGCUACCAUAUUAGGCCCAUGUUGCUCUCUGCAUACCGACGCUGAAAGAUCCUUCACGAUGCUGGCAGCUCCCUCCAAUAACCCGGUCCGCCGGCUCUCGUCGUUCUUCUCCUUGGGCUCGCCGAAACCUGAUGAUAAACGCUCUCCCACGAAAUCACCCCAUCUACAAUCCUCUCGCUCAUCGUCACUAAAUACUCCGCCUAUCCGGGACCAACAGCUCGCGGAAGAGACCCAAGCAUUGAGCCUGAACCCACGAAAUGUCUCAGCUCCUGUCCUGGGCGAGAAUGCCCACCAAGCAUACACUCCUCCACCACGCUUAUCCAGUUUGAACCCAGACCUGGCAGGUCCAGGUUCGCCAGAUGCACAUAGCCGUAGCCAGAGCUUGAGUGAUGCUGUACCACGAUUUAACAGGCCUGGUUCAAGACCAGGUUCAGGUCUCGGAGUUUCAGGAGUUAACGUCAACCCUACCCCUGCCACUAUAACCAAGGCCAAAAAAGCCGCUAAGUCGAAGAAGUCGGGUCACGAUGCGCCAAACGGUGGUAAACGGGCUUGGAUUGCUGGAACAGAAAACGAUAUCCCAUAUGAUAUCAGCAAUCUACUUGCAGGAGAGAGGGUGACCGAUCUCUGGGAUGAUGCCGGAGAUACUUAUGUCUACCUCUUCCCUCAAAACUCCGGCCGCCCGCCAUCAUUCAAGGUUGAUUCUGCUAUUUUCUCUGCAUCUGCUUCGCUCACUCUCCUUGCUCGUGGGAAUCCUUCACCUCCACAGUCUACACGAGGUGGCCGGAACCGAGCCCAAGAUCCUAACUCGUCCUCGCCUCCUCUUUCAGCACAGAAUGGAUCUAGCUACGAUGGAGGCUCCGAUGGACAAUCACAGGAUGGCUUUCUAGAUGAUGAAUCACAAGAAUUGCACCUAUAUUUACCUGUGCCCCUCGCUGGCGACUUACCCUGUGGCCGCGAGCUGCCCGUCCUUUCUGCUGAGGAUGUGGAUAUGCUAGUGCUUUUCCGUAAUUUGUUUGCCUUUCUUAUUGGCCAGGCGCUGAUCGCAACGCCGCGCACGCCAUCUAUUUUCACCAUUUUCAUGGAGGUAUCUGGGCUCUUGGAUCGAUUCGGGUUCACCAACCUGGACCAGUCGACUUUUGGGGAGACUGCCACCACCAGCUUUGGCUGCUACUGCGAUGAGUUGGAUCUUAUUGAUGUGCGUGCUUCAAGAGAACGAGCAUUGGAUGCUAUCAUCCUUGGUGAACGCAUGAAGUAUCUUCCCCUAUACCAGGAGGGCUUCACUCACGGUGUUGCAGUCCUCGAUGAUCUAAAGAAGUUUGAGGCCAAAUAUAACUCUGUUUCGCCGGUGACUCGAAAGCGGUUGGAACGAGGAUACCUGGAUCUGGAUAACAGGAUAAAAACUUGUGCUGUCAAGAUCGAUGAGUUCGAGUUCCCCUCUUUGUUCGCUGGUAUCGCCAACUCCAAUGUUGCAAAUGAGGCCAAAGUCAUCCGGUUUAAGAACUGGAAAAACGCAUAUCUAGGCUAUCGAAAGAAUGUUGUGAACUAUUACCGCGCUCGAUUUGGCUCAUGGCCUCCCAAGGCCAGCAAGAAGAACCAGUUCCAGGAAAGCGGCCUCAACCGCUUGGUCCUCCGAGAACUAUAUCAGGACUUCUGCGAUCUCUAUGAUAUGCUCGCUGACCGCACCGAUCUCACCACCCGUUCCGCAGACAUGACAACUUCCGUGUUUAAGGCUGAAGACUCGAACUCUACCUCUCAAGCCCUUCGACAGAUUAUGUCAGAGUAUGACCGCAGUACACCACCAGUUCAGCCACCAAUCCCCUUCGACAUACCCCGUUUGCCAUCUAUCCAUUCCAUCCGGCGCAAGCUAGAUCCUAAGCAGGAAGCCAAGCAGCGCAGUAAGCGUCUUACUACUGGUGAAGUUAACGAGAUUCUAGUCUCUAGCUAUAAUCAUGCAAGCAUGAAGCCGACACCUUUCCUAGAGAACUUCAUGAACUAUGAGCGCCGUGUUGGCCAUGGAAAAUGUGCCGAUGAGCUUGCAGACAUGCGCUGUGCACAAUGGCUAUUUAUGUAUGCCGUUAUACAAUCAUUGCCAAUGCUUGUCGUGGAUGCCCCAGAUCUCAGGUGUACUCACGGUGUGGAAUACUUCCUUUGCAUACCGCCGUGGGGUGGGUCUCCUUGGUGUGCUUCGGAUCCAAAGAAUGGCAAGAAGUGGUUUGGUGUUGCUGGUGGGUCUGGAGUGCAAACGGUGUCGAUGCUGUCUAUAGGCGCAGUCACUGUUGGCAAGUUGCCUUAA